GAAGAUUAUGUCCACAUCAAUGGAGGUCUGUUUUUAGCACGUUGCCUGGCUAGCUGUAGUACACCGAGAAAACAUUUUGUGCUUUCAAUCAAUAAUUCUGUUAUUGAGUAUAAAUUAUGCGAUCACUUCCACAAGAAAAACACAAUCACUUUUCACUCAUAGCCUGAAAGAUAAGUUCAGCCAGCGACCAUCUUCCCCAUGGCUAGCCUUCUUCUUUCUCUGUUCUCAACUCUUCUUCUGGCAGCCACCAUUACAGAAUGCGAAGCUUACUCAAAAACAGUGAAGGCACCAUAUCCAGGACCUAAACCAGAGAAGCUAACUCACCUCCACUUCUACUUCCACGUCAUUGACUCCGGAAACAAACCAACUGAUGUGCUCGUCGCUACAGGUCCCACAACAAACUCCUCUGCAACCAACUUUGGUUUGGUUGCAAUCGAUGACGAUCCAUUGACGAUGGGACCUGACAUAACCUCAGAUGAAAUUGGGAGAGCUCAAGGGAUGUAUGCAUCGACUGACCAGAACAAGUUUGGUUUGCUUAUGGCUUUUAACUUUGUUUUCACAAAGGGUGAAUUUUCCGGGAGCACCAUCUCUAUGUAUGGCCGGAAUGCGAUCUUGUCGAAGGUGAGAGAGAUGCCAAUCAUCGGAGGUACAGGAGCUUUCAGGUUCGGAAGAGGAUAUGCACAGGCCAAGACUUUUGUGUACAAUACUACCAGCGGAAAUGCUGUGGUCGUGUAUAAUGUCUAUGUUUGGCAUUAACUAUUGGCAUUUUUUCAAUGCGUUUCACCACCUUUUGUUGAACAUCAGAUGAAAUAAUUCAAAUAAAUAUCCUGUGGAAUAAAUGGUUUCUGUUGUUGUUGUUUUUGUUGUGUAACUGAUAUUGCUAUUUUCGUGUAAUGUAUAUUGCUAUUUUCGUGUAAUGUAUUGUGAGUGUUAUAAAAAUUCGCAGUUUAUGUGAUGAACU